CUGCAACUGCCUCCUCUGAUUACCCUUUGGCUGAGCAGUCUUAAGCUGGACAGCACAGAAGGUCUCUUUUGAGGUCUUAAGUCUCUAUAGGGGACAAACACUUGACUCCUUCUUGCUGUCCUAUAUAAGACACAGCUUCGGUCUCCAUCCUCUGACAUCAGGAAAAACUUUGACCUUCUAUAGAGAGAGAGAGAGAGACCUUCCUCCCUAGCCUUGAAUCCAGGCCUCUGGAGAUAUUUUUGUGUGAGGAGAUAAAGAAAACAACAAAAGACACUGCAAUACACAAAGAAGAAAGAUCCAACACAUGGACUCAAGUAACAGGACAAGAGUUGCAGAAUUUCUUCUUCUUGGAUUUUUAGAAAACAAAGACCUGCAACCCAUUAUUUAUGGUCUUUUCCUCUCUAUGUACCUGGUUACUGUUGUUGGGAACAUGUUAAUUAUUGUGGCUAUUAUUUCAGGCCCCCGACUGCAUACCCCCAUGUAUUUCUUCCUGUCUAAUCUGUCCUUUGUGGACAUCUGUUUCAUUUCAACUACUAUUCCAAAGAUGUUAGUAAACAUACAGACCCAAAACAAGGUCAUCACCUAUGCAGGGUGCAUUACCCAGAUAUACUUUUUCUUGCUUUUUGUGGAAUUGGACAACUUCUUGCUCACUAUCAUGGCCUAUGACCGUUAUGUGGCCAUCUGUCACCCUAUGCGCUACACAGUUAUCAUGAACUACCAGCUCUGUGGAUUUCUGGUUCUGGUGUCUUGGAUUGUAAGUGUUCUGCAUGCCUUAUUUCAAAGCUUAAUGAUGUUGGAGCUGCCCUUCUGCACACAGCCAGAAAUCCCACACUUCUUCUGUGAACCUAAUCAGGUGAUUCAACUCACUUGUUCUGAUGCAUUUCUUAAUGAUAUGGUGAUAUAUUUUACACUUGUGCUGCUAGCUAUUGUUCCUCUUGCUGGUGUCUUCUAUUCUUACUUCAAGAUAGUGUCCUCCAUACGUGCAAUGUCCUCAGUUCAUGGGAAGUACAAAGCAUUCUCCACCUGUGCAUCUCAUCUAUUAGUUGUAUCAUUAUUUUACUGUACAGGCCUAGGAGUGUACCUCAGUUCUGCUGCAAACCAUGGGUCACAAACAAGUGCAACAGCCUCAGUCACGUACACUGUAGUUACCCCUAUGAUGAACCCUUUCAUCUAUAGUCUUAGGAAUAAAGAUGUUAAGAGUGCCCUAAAAAGACUCUUCGUGAGGAAAUUAUAAGGAGUCCUACCUUCCCCACUUUAUGUUCCUCC